AGCUCAAAACUUCCGGAAGAGGACUGACCCGCAGUAAUAUUACGAACGGUGGAGUUGUUGAUCAUCGGGAAAACAUGAAAUUUUCUGAGAAUUUUGAAGAAAGAGAACCUAGUCAUGAGGUCUCUAAUUUUGUGGGAGUGUCUGCAGCUUCAAGUAGCGGAAUAGCGAAUGGAGGUCAAUUAGGGUUAAACACCAGAGAGGAAUUACAGAUGGACAGCAGUAUUUCACAAAUUGAGGUAGACAUGAGGAUACCUCAACAUGCAACACCAUCUCAGCAAGUCUCAUUGGAGAAUAUGGGGUCAAAUGUCCAGGUUGCAAGCAAUAUUUCCAGAGCCAGUGAUCUACUCAUGGCAGUAACUUCAAGUGCUGAAGUCAACAGAAUGAAAAUCAGUGAGUUAGCUUCGGAAGCAAUGGAAGAGCUAACUAAAUUGGCCCUAGCUCGAGAACCUCUAUGGCAGUGUGACAUAGAGAGCAAUACUGAAUUUCUUAGUGAUAUCGAGUAUCUGAGGGAAUUUGGACACAUAAGUACGUCAUUGAUAGAAAUCAUUAGAAUGGUUGAGGUGGGAGACUCUCAAUCUGACCUGCCAAGAUUCGGAAGCAUUAACAAUUCUGAAUUUUCCAUGGAAAGUGAAUAUAGGCCAAUAUCGACAACAAAUCAACCUGGAAAACCAGUUAGUUUGGAAUCUUCACGAGCUAUUGACUAUGUCAAAAUGAAAGCAGUCAACAUUGUUCAAUUGCUAAUGGAUUUGAAGCAAUGGCUACUGGUGUUUCCUAAUAUUGUAUCUAGAGCAAAAGUAGUGGGAGUAUUAUCAUCAACAAGAUUCGAAGGCAACUAUGAUGGAACUCUGCAAGUGAUGACAGCUGAGUUUCAUGCCCCAACACCACUUAUUCCCGCUAGAGAAAGUUAUUUUGCAAGGUAUAGUAAACAGCUGGACAGGGGAAUGUGGGUAGUUGUUGAUGUAUCCUUGGAAAAAUUGUUUCAGUUUCCAUCAACAAACUUUCGAAGACAACCAUCAGGAUGUUUAAUUCAGGAAAUGUCAAAUGGAUGCUCUAAGGUCAUAUGGGUGGAGCAUGUGGAAGUGGAUAAUAGAAUGGUUCACAAUAUGUGUAAGCCACUGGUCAGUUCUGGUUUUGCAUUUAGCGCAAAGCGUUGGGUUUCCACUUUAGUUCGACAAUGUGAAUGGUUGGCAACUUUAAAUUCUACAAGCCCUCCUACAUCAGAUUGUAUGUUCGUAUCGCGAGCUGGAAGAAAAAGCUUGUUGAAGCUUUCGGAGAGGAUGAUGAGAAGUUUUGUUGCUGAUAUUAGUGCUUCUACAGAAAACAAAUGGAGGGCACUACCUGUAUUUGGUGCCGAAGAUGUAAAGGUCACAACUAAAACUAGCUUAAAUGACCCUGGAAAGCCUCCAGGUACCACCUUAUUAUUUGCUACUUCUGUCCAUCUUCCAGUCCCAAGAACUCAAAUAUACAAUCUGCUUCGCAAUGGUGAAUCUCGAAUCAUGGUAUGUACAGUACACUUAAAGUUUGAUAAUGUGCCUUUGAAACGCAUACAAUGGGAUAUGAUGUCGUAUGAAAAAGAUACAAGAGAAAUUGCUUAUAUCGCAACUGGGGACCAUCCAGGAAAUCGCGUUUCGAUAAUUGAAGUAGAAAAUGGUGUAACGAAGGAGAUUGAAGUUUUCUACUUCCAGGAGAGUUACACAGACUCAAAUGGCUCGUACAUAGUUUACGCACCGAUUGACCAGUUCGCCAUGUCUGCUCUCUUGGAUGGCGCAAACCCAGACCAUGUUGCUAUCCUCGCAUCCGGGUUUUCCAUCCUUCCUGAUAGACCAAUGGCCAAUGAUGAAUCUGGUGGAAGUCUGUUGACUCUUGCGUUGCACAUCACCGAAGGAGGAGCAACGGAGGAAUAUAUCCCUCCUCAAACUGUUCAAAAUAUACUCAACAUUAUUGCCGGAACUGUGAUUCAAAUCACAGAAGUAUUAUCAAAUGAUGGAGAAUAGUGUUGAAUCAGAGCAGUGAGUCAAGUUCCUUACU